GUGCGGCGAUGUCAGGAAGCCUCAGUCUCUAUUGGAGAGGACAUGCUGGCGAGGCUGCUCAGCAACUCCGACUUGGGGGGCAAAAAUCACUUGACGGAUUUUGCGAGGCGGCAGUAGAGGAGGGGAGGGAGCAAGGAGCAGGGAGCGGGAGAGAGAGAGAGAGAGAGAGAAAAAAAAAGCCAUCAGCUAUUUUAACUCCAGUGACGGCGAUUUGCCGGAGAUCGAAUGACUAUUUUUGCCCUGAGAAAAAUGGCGAGCGGCGUCUGCAGAGCUUUGUUGCUCCUCGGCGUCUUCUUCAGCUCGUUCACUUUUGGCCAAGUGGGAGAGGACAAAGACCAUGACAAGAUAUCCUGUCACGGAGCUUUCGACCUGUACUUUAUUUUGGAUAAAUCUGGAAGUGUUAGAAACCAUUGGAUUGAAAUAUAUUCUUUUGUGGAACAACUGGCUGAGAAAUUUUUAAGUCCUCAGUUACGAAUGUCUUUUAUCGUGUUCUCUACGAGAAGUACAACCUUAAUGAGCUUGACUGCAAAUCGGGAAACCAUACGGAAAGGCCUUAAAACCCUUCGGAAUGAAGUGCCUGGAGGGGAUACAUUCAUGCAUGAGGGCUUCAGAAAGGCAACUGAACAGAUUUAUCAUGAAAACUAUUCAGGGAUUCGAGCUGCCAGCGUCAUCAUUGCAUUGACGGAUGGGGAAUUAAUUGAUAAUUUGUAUGAUCUUGCACAAAUGGAAGCUGAAAGGGCUAGAAAUUUUGGAGCUACAAUUUAUUGUGUUGGUGUAAAAGAUUUCAAUGAAACUCAGUUGGCAAAGAUAGCUGAUAGCAUUGAUCAUGUUUUCCCAGUAAAGGGUGGAUUUCAAGCAUUAGGAAGCGUUAUUGAUUCGAUUCUUAAGAAAUCUUGCAUUGAAAUUCUAGCAGCCGAGCCAUCAAGUGUCUGUGCAGGAGAAUCGUAUCAGGUUGUGGUAAGAGGUAAUGGAUUUUCCCGUGCACGGAGUGCUGAUCAAGUUCUUUGCAGCUUCAAGAUAAAUGACACAGAGAUAAUAACCGAGAAGCCUCUUGUUGUGGAAGAUAAUUACUUACUCUGCACUGCUCCAGUGAUAGAUGAAGUUGGAAUGGUGGUUUACCUUCAAGUAAGCAUGAAUCAGGGAUUGACAUUUGUAUCCAGCUCUGUCAGUAUCACCAGUACACAUUGUUCUGAUGGAACGAUCCUUUUAAUUGCAUUAUUAGUUUUGUUCCUGCUGUUGGCAUUGAUCUUGCUGUGGUGGUUUUGGCCUUUGUGCUGUACUGUGGUGAUUAAAGAGCCCCCGCCUCCCCCAAUCUACGAGGAGGAAUCUGACGAUGACGGCAUGGCAAAGAAAAAAUGGCCAACAGUUGAUGCAUCAUACUAUGGAGGAAGAGGAGUGGGUGGCAUUAAACGGAUGGAGGUACGCUGGGGUGACAAAGGUUCAACUGAAGAAGGUGCAAAAUUAGAAAAACCCAAAAAUGCAGUCAUCAAGAUGCCGGAUCAAGAGUUUGAACCACUGGAUCCUCGGCCCUACAAACCCCGAAGGCCACCGCCAGGCCAGAGAAAGUGGUAUACACCAGUUAAGGGAAAAUUGGAUGCCUUGUGGGCUCUUUUUCGCAGAGGCUAUGAUCAAGUAUCUCUGAUGAGGCCACAGCCUGGGGACAAGGGCCGCUGCAUAAACUUCACCAGAGUAAAAGAAAAUGAAACUCCAUCUCCUUCAUGCAAUGCUCCUGCUUCUCACAUGCCACCACUUAACAACGAAUAUAUUCCUUUAACCCGUGAACUUCCCAGCCCUCCUGCUUUAUCAGCCAAGUCAAGUGUGAGGAGUCCACCUCCUGGACCACCGCCAUCUCGUGCACCCCCUCCUUCACGACCUCCCCCUCGCCCUGCGGUAAGAACCUGACCUCCCUAGGAUUUAUGUUGGUAAAAAGAACAUUGCGAAGAAGAAAGAAAAGACAAGGCCAAAAAGGAGAAUACUACUGGACUUCAAACCAAAUAUUUAUUGAAUUUAUGGGCUUCCUUGAAAGGGUAAAAUCUGUUGCUGUGCAGCAAGUUUCCAUCUGGAAAACCCAAAUCAGUAGAACCUCUCUCUGGAGUUGAUGAUAAUAUCGUGUCCACCUAAUGUACUAUCCAUAUGUUUGAAUUCUGGAUAAUUAUAAGCUUGAUUUCAAGUUAUAAUAAACCCUGCAUUUUUAUCUUGUGAAAAUUUAAUACAUAGGUCAGAAUUUGCAUUGUUUUUGAAGGUUAAAAGAAUUGUUUAAAGAUCAAUAUUUAAAAAUCACUAACACCUACUUUUGAUGCUCAAGUAUGCAUUCUGUUGAUGGUGAUACUGAUUGUUUUGAUCAUCGUUGGGGCCUUGAAUUUCCUGUGGUCACACAACCCAGAGGUAGCACCUGAAAUUAUGCCCAUUUCCGAACUGUUUUGCCAACAUCAGAUUGCAUCCAAAUUCUCUGCCAAUGUCAUUAUGUCAAAUGAGCACUAAUUGAGUACCGCGCCAUAUAUUCUUUCUUUUAACUAGAAGUUAAUGUUUCAACUCAUUUAACCAUCAUUCGUGCAGAUUAGUUACAACAUAUUUAAGAACCUGUAAUUGGGAAAGCUUUUCCGUUUGUAAUGUCGCUUACAGUGAUGUCAUGAAAAUCCAGUCAAAGAAACAAAAAUACAGAGCAGGUCUCAGUGAGAAUAUUUUUUUUUAAAGCCCCAAACAAAAUCACAAUUAAGCACCUGAAAAGUGACUUAAUUUCUUGCUGCGCCUGAAAAUCUGGUCAUAAUUUGAAGAAAACCUCUGAGCAAGUGGAACUAAAGGAAACCCACACAUCAGGCUUUUAACUUGGAGGCAAGAGCAGUAUUAUUAUGUAUGAGCAGAGAUGCUUUCAUAAAUUCAAUAAUUUGUUGUAAAAGAUGGAGUUUUGGGUGUAUUGUACAUAGGCACACAGCUCACUUACACCCAAAAUUCCAUAAUCUUUUAGGCUGCUUAUUUGCUAUAUGCUAUGGUUGUGCAUGUCUCUGGGUGCAAAUACGCAGGAAAUUCCAGGUCAGGAUUUCUAUUUCAGAAUAGUAUUUUACAAACUUAAUUACAUGAUUUUAUUCUUCAUAUUUACCAUAUACUUCAGAAUGCGAGAUGAUAGCAUUGACCAUCAGCACCAAGGUAACAAGGUUCUUGUUUAAUUUUUAUAGUUAAAGAUAAAUUUUCUAACGAAAUGAAACCACAGCUAGUGAAGAGGCUCUCAUACAUAAUUAAUGUAAUUAAAGCCAAAGGCUGGUUGACCUGUGAGACAACUCUAUAAAGUUGCUGCUUGAUGCUAUUUGACAAUGAUUGACCUCGUAAUUGAUUAAUUCACAGAACUUUGAGCUGUGAUUUUAGUGAUACUUGAGCUCUUUUGUAUAGGGUUAGUGACCCUAAACUGUGCUCUGCCUAAACAAUGGUCCUAAUCUAGGCAUCGUUCUUGCUAGCCUUGAAUUUUAAAAUGUUGCAGAGGGACUUUGUUGAGUUGUGUGCAGGUUGUGACCCAAGUUAUUCUGUUCUUCAAACAUGUAUAGUUGAACUUGCUCUUCUUAUACAAUUUAUUAGCUAGCUACCAAACAGCAGGAUGUUCUUUAUGCCAAGAUCUGCAUAAUAGUUUUAACUGCAGAUAAUAGCUCAUAGAAAACAUUUAAGAGCUUUAUUCGGUUUUGGAAAUGCUUGCCUGCUGGAUGUUAAGCACUUUAUAGUUAUUUCAGUGUAAAUAUUAAGAGGCCAGAUCCUUUUCCAGACCACAUCAAAUUAUAUAAUUCUGGUUAUCUACUUUAUUCCUUACAAAUUAGAUUGUACUUUUUGCUUCAGGGCACAGGUACUUUUUGGUGAUGCAUAACAAUGUCUACUGUAGUGUUUUAUAAACAGAUGAGAUACAUAAAUCCCAUACUGGUAAAGAAAAUAUUGUAAGGUUUUGUGAUAUUAGAGAAAAAAAUCAAGUUUUACUGCAGGACAGUUAAAUGUAUUAAUUUACUAAACUGUGGUCUAGGUGUAGGUACUUGAAUCUGAGUAAAGGUGGCCACUAAAUCUUUGAGAUGCUAGAUGCAUGCAGUAGUAAAUAAUAGAGCAAGCAUCAUUGAGCUUGAGUAGUAGAUGGAUAUUUUGCUUUGUUAACAUGUUAUACAUAACAACUAUACUUAACUCUCUCUUAUUAACUAACUAUUAAUGACUUGUAAUCUUGUUUGGCAUCAGCUACCUGACGAAUGGACUGGAGGCAUAAUUUGAUGAACAAGUGAACAAGCUGUGUAAACUUAAAUUGAAUUACAAUUCUAGGAAGGCAAUGUGAAAUGCACCAACAUGUCAUUGGCAUAAUUGCACAGCUUAAUAGAAUCAUCAUGUCGAAAACAGGGAUUCACUAUUAAUUUGACUAAUCUCUACCUUAACUCCAGAUUUACGUUUUCUAAAUAUGGUCCAAAGGAAUUAAAAUAACAACACUGUUUUAGUAUGAUAGUGAAUAUGAUUAGUUAGGUUCAAUUUAAACCCACAAAAGAAAUUCAAGCAAUCCACACUACCCUGCAUCAACAUUGUGCAAGGUUGCACUGGGCUCUUGAGAGGUUAUUGUGUCUAAUGAGCAGUGGCAGCCUGCACCGCUGGGGCUUGCUUUGGGAAAUGGUUAACAAAAAUUUUAAAUGAUUUUGCCUAAUAGUAGUUUAUUUUCUUUCAUUAAAGCCCAAUUUUCUGUCACAGUUUUAAAUUAGGAAGUAUACAAUCAGCAAUUUCUGUAAAGGGAAGACAUUACCAUAUACAACAAAGAACAAACACUAAAUCUGACCUGUGCUGGUCAACUGUUUGUGGGAUUUUAUUAGUUAGAACUUCUUAAAGUUGUUACAUGCUGUAAGUAACUAUUUGACAAACAAACCCUUUCCACUUUUUUUCUAACAUUAGCUUUGUUUCCUAAUUUUUUAUUGAUGUAAGUCUUCAUAAUGUUGACAGAAUUGUCACUUUGGGAUCAGGACUUGAAAGAAUUAAACUACCCUAUCAUGAAUCCAAUGUAUCAACACAGUAGACUGUAUUUUUUUAUUAUUUUUAAAUAACAACGUAUAGGUUUUCUGGAAAAGAAUGAAAUAAAGCAAUUGGAAAUCAGAACUAAAACUCGAGAAUGUUGGAAAUACACAACAGGUCGGUCUGCAUCAGAAAGGAAAGAUAUGUAAAUAUUUUGGGUGGGACCUUUCGAUUGAUGACCUUGCUGUGUAUUUCAAACAUUUUCUGUUUUUUUUAAACAUGCUGUUGUUUUAAAAUUCAUUCAAGCAAUGUGUUAGUUUUGUCACAUUUAUGGUACAGAUCACUUUAAGGUGCAUAGAACAUGCAAUUGCAAAUGUAUCAGAAAAAAUACAAAUCUGUAAUACUUUCAACAUGUUUGAGGAUCCUCACUAAUAAACUCUAGAUUGUAGAAUAUAUGUUAUAUCUGGGUGGUGGUGUGCUACAGCUCACUCAGGGAGUCUGAGUUGUGGCAACAUGCACCUUUACAUGCACAUUGCAGCCUGGAGCCAUGGAUCAUGAUGGGUAGAGGCUCUAACUUUCUUUCCAUCACAUGGCUGACCAGGAAUCUCUCCCACUCUUACCAUCUGUAAUUGGUGUGUGUUGGAAGAAUUUUCAGGUUGAUACUCUACCUGUUUGGCCAUGUUAUGAACACACCUUCCUUGUCGUGGAGUGGGACUUGAACCCAGAGCUUCUGGCUCAGAGACAGGGACACUACCCAUUGCACCACAAGACCUCCUAUGUUAUGUCUACAGUAUAUAAAUUUUACCACUGUACGAAAAAAAACUUUUGUUACUAAAAUGCCAAAAUUAUGUUUCAAUCUGUUUUCAUGAGCAUUGACAUCAAACUAUUAUAAUUACUUGUGCAUACUUGAUGAUAACCAUGUACUUUUCCCUUUUGUCUGUAAUGUUAAUAUCACUAAUAAACUGCAAUUCUUUUACAUAAAA